GGUGAAACAAAGCAGUGGCGAGUCGUUGGUUGUGUGGAAACGUUGCAACAUAACUACCCUCCCACCGUCAACCCCUAAACGUUACACCGUUCGUACGCACGCUUUCAAGCAGUCAGCGCUUGCUGUUUUUCUACUCCCUGUUGUACGAAUACACAGGCAGCUAACCGAGUACGGGCGCGGACAGGUUUUACUCUAGCCAGUUUUAUCUCACAACGACGCGCGUAUUAACUCACGCAUUCGACAGCUACGAAGACGACGACGACGACGACGACGGCAUUUUCUUCUCAUUCUCACGCGCAGUGUGGCGAAGUAAUGCAACAAAAUUCGGAGCUUCUAUCUGGGCGUGCCAAGACCACCACCACCACGACAGUGUGGAGUCCAAUGUUAGCAUAAAGCGUAGGUUUGUACUGUGUAGCAUAAGAUACGGCUACAGACAAGGAUAUACAAGUACACCGUACAGCAGCGCGUGAACAGUUUCCCAUUCGCAUAGACACCCGGGUUGUAAAGCUGACCAACCCGCACGAGGUUUGCAGCAAAAGGUGUAAAGCCUGCAGCGAGCAGAAGGACUGUAUUUCAAUACCCAGCUAUUGUUGAUUUAGCCACAAUGAAACGUCGCUCCCUGUCGGGCAACUGCGGUGUUGGGGUGUUCGUGAUCGCACUGGUAACGAUACUGGUCGCAUUUGCCACACCGAGUUGGUUGGUGAGCGACUACCGCAUUACCGGUGCGAAGCUGGACCGAUUGGGCCUGUGGACGCACUGUUUCCGAUCGCUGCCCGACGUGAACGAUGACUAUCAGCGUCGCUUUUUCGUCGGUUGCCGCUGGGUGUAUGACCCGUUCACGACCGGAUACGACGAGAUCCGCGGAUUUCUCAUCCCACCUUUUAUGGUUGCCACGCAGUUCUUUUACACGCUCUGUGCUUUAGGUGUAAUACUGGCGAUGGUGUUGGUGCUGCUGUACUUCCUUUGCGCCGGCCCGGAUCAAAAGUUCUUUGUUAAACUCAUCAAGUCAAUCAGUUACAUUACGUUGGCGGCAUCGAUCUGCGGUAGCAUUGGUGUGAUCGUGUUUGCCUGCUUCGGCAACAAGGAUAAGUGGAUGCCGGAACAUGCAAACAAUUGGUUCGGAUGGUCAUUCAUCUUAGCCUGCAUUGGUGUUGUUGCCUGUGCCGUAUCGUCCUCACUGUUCUUUACCGAGGCACACGUGCAGGCCCGAAAACGACGACAGCUGAAGGAAUCACAAACGCAAUUCCAGAUGGACAGUGAGUCGAAAGCAUAAAGCGGCCACUUUCGUUAAGGCCGCAGCAAUACGAUUGGGAAAAAAACGCACAUCUGUAAAGUCUAUUUGACGCACAAACGGCUAGCGGCUUCGCAUAGCAACAUAAGUGCUCUUCCCCCCCCAAAAAAAAAACGAAUCAUAUUCCAUAAUCCCAUCGAUCAAUCGAAUUCAUCAUCGCAAAGUACAACAGUUAACAAUGGGGUACCGGUUCGGUUUUGACUUUAGCUGCUGGCGAGUUCCUCUGGCGCGGAAGAGGAAGGUUGCGUUUUCUGUCCUUAGUGAGAGAAUAGUGGAGCAGUAGGAGAAAUGUACUAGUUUAAGAAAGAUUAGUUUGUUGUUGUAGGGCAAUCUCAAUCUCAGCGUACCGUCCGUCCAAGCCGAUGCUAUACAAGUGUCUUCUACUUUUUAAAAAGAGUAAUGUUUUCGUAGUAUAGGUCUUAAUUUUACGUUUCAUGGAACUCGUCCGUCCAAUUUUAGUAUUAUACACAUUUCUGUUUUAACAGUUUUUCUGUGCUCGAAUUACGGUUGCCAAUUGAAAGAGAACGUUUUAAUGCGUAAACGUUAGUAAACCUACGAACAAAAGGUGUACUUGUCUGCGAAACGCUUGCCUUUUUGUUUGUAGUUGAAUUGCAUUUGAUACUUUUUACCAUAUCCGCACCGGACCAUUCUAUAGUACAUAUCGGCACAGGCCACGAUGCCUCACGGAAAUUGCUUCCAAAUGCUGCCUUAAAAAAGAUACAUUGGUACGCUAUCAUUGCAACGUGCAACCCUAAUAUCAACUCGAUUCAACAUUCCACUAACCAUACAGACUGGAUUCUAAAUUAACGUUUAUCCACCUUCUUAUGUUACAACGAAUCACUACACGAAGCGGUGUGAAUAUUGGGCCUUUUUUAAAAUGUUGGUAAGAGCUGUACACAAAGCUUGAAUAAUAUUUUAUACAAUCAUCAUGCGCGACAGUGUGAAAAAAAGCAACAAAAAUAUGUAAUGUGUUCAGGGUCGGCAGGAGCGUUUUUAAGUAACAAUCAAAUCUACUGAGAAUAAAAUAAUUCAAGACGAUUUAUAUAUAUACACACGA